AUGUAUAUCCAGUAUAGGUUAUUUAGUGAACACUCAUUAUGGAGAUUAUUAGAAAUAAACAAAAAUGAAAAUUAUAUUUUAGCUAAUGAAUUAAAAAAUAUAAUAUGCAAGCAGAGUAAUAUUAAUUAUAAUAACAAAAUUGAUAUAUAUUUUUCUAUAUAUAAAGAUGAAAAUAAUAAUGAAUAUAUAAACAAUAGAAAUAAUGAAAAAGAAAUAAAAUAUCUAAAUGGAGAAGAUAAAAUUUAUAAUGGAACAAAAAUUCUUGUUCAUAGAAAUAUAAAAAAAAAAAGCAAUGUUUCCGAUAUUACUCAUAAAGCCAAAAAAGAAAUAAUACUAAAUGUUGAAGAAAAACAAAAAAUUAAUAUACCGAAUGAAUUUUUAUGUAAAUUAUGUAACUUGAUAUUACUGGAAUCAUAUAUCAUUGUAUGUAAUAAUAAUUGUGGUUAUUCAGUAUGUAAAAAUUGUAUUUUGUUUUAUAUAUUGAAUUGUUUAAUAAAAGAAAAUGAAAGAAAAGCACAUUAUAUUGAUUUAUCAUUAUUAAAUGGCAAUGUGAAGUGUCCUAUAUGUAAUGGCUUCUUAAAAUAUUGUAUUUUAAAUAAAAAAAUUGAACUAACUUUAGAGAAAUUACAAGAUGAAAGAAAUGAUAUAGAUUCAUAUAAUCUUAAUAUAGAUGAAAGAAAUAAUAAAUUUUUAAAAAUUAUUGAAAAACUAAAAAUUGAAAAUUUUGAUUAUAUAAAUAAAAAUAAUAUAUUUGAUAAUGAAAUUUUUGUAAUUAUCAAGAAAAAAUUUAUUUAUUCUAAUGUUAAUAAAAAUAAUAAUCAACCAAUAAAAUCUGUUGAGAAUAAAAUAUUUCAUCAUUUUUUAUACUUAAUGGAAAGUAAUAAAUUAAAUUGUAUAAAAGAAUAUAAUAUGAUGUAUAUUGAUUUUGAUAGUUUAAUAUUUGAUUCAUUACAAAAAAUUAACGUAAAAAAUAUAUAUGAGGAAAUUCAAGAAAAAAAUAAAGAAAAUGGAGCAAAUAAUAACAAUAGCAUUUUCGAUGUUAGUGAUAUAGAUAAAAAUCUUAAUGAUGAUGACUUUAACAACGAAUUAAAUAAGAAAGAUGAAGACAAUGGUAAUAGAGAAAUUGUAAAUAGUGAUAUGAAAGAAGAUUUAAUUUCAGUUGAUUUAAAUACUCAAAUUACGAGUGAAAAUGACAAUAAUAAAAAUAUUAAUUUAAAUGAUGAAAAUAACAAUGUAAAUGAUGAAAAUAAGAAUAUAAGAGAUAGCUCAGUUAGUGAAAUUGAUGAAGAAUUAUAUAACAAAAAUAAAACUUAUAUUAUGCCCAUAUCAUUUGUUGGAGGGGAAACUUCUUAUUCAUUAAUUGGAGUAUUUUAUGUAAAAGAGUUAUUUUUUAUUAUUAAUAAUAAUAAAAAAGAUGAUACCAUAGAUAAAAAUAAAAAAAAAUUAGUACAGGAUUUUCUGCAUAAAUGGUUUCAUAACGAGAGUCAAAAUAAUGAAAAUAUUUUAGAAAAAUUGAAUUAUGGAAAUAUAUAUAAAGUAGAUUACGUUAAUAAAUAUGAGAAAACAUGUUUUUUUCCAGCAAAAAAACAGCCUAUUUAUAAUAUUAUUAAUAAUAAAAGGCAAAAAAAAAAAAAAAACAAUAUUGAAAUUAUAUUAGAUUUAAAAAAAUUCAAAGAUGUCGUUUUAAGUGUAGACAAUUAUAUUAAAUAUGGUAGUAGACCAACUUACUAUGAUACGAAAAAAACAAGUACUAAUAAUAUAAUAGAGGACGAAGAAAAGAAAAAUCAUAUGGCAAUAAAAGAGAAAGUAGAUACUUCUUACUCCUUAAAUGAUACAAAUGAAAAUCAAAUAAAUAUAAAAUUAAACGAAGAAAAUAAGCAAAGAAAUAUUACUUCUGCUAAUAAUUCAUCAAAAGAAAAUGGUUUUCAAGAAAUUUUUGAAAUUUUGUAUGAAACUAAAAUUGCUCCAUUGUCUAUACAAAAUAAUUUUAAUAUUAAUAAUCCUUAUUCCGGUUACUGUGCCUUAUUACCUUUUUUAACAAAACAAGAAUUUGAUUUUAUUAGAAAAUUACAAAGAAUAUACAAAGAAAAAUAUCUUAAAGAGCUUUUUAAACAUGUUAAGAAAAAUAAUUUGCAUAUAAAUAUAUUCUAUAAUGCAGUUAAUGCUAUAUUUUUUUCAACUAUUAAACAGUAG